UGAACUGCUUACCUGUAAACACAAAAUAUGAACACAUCCUCUUUACCUGCAUCUCUCUAAGCCAAUCAGGUGAUGGUAAAGCAUCUUUCCCAUAACAAACAGCCUAACAGCAAACAGGAAGGACAAAGCCUCACUGCCUGGACAUACCUUCACCUUAAACAAACUUUUUUCUUCAAAGAUUCUGAUAAAGAUUGACAGUACCCAUUUUUCUCUUUUUCUGCCUGCAAGAUUAUAAAAAUUUUGGACUUACACAUAGGAGUCUUGAAUAAAAAACAAUGAUUCGAGGCAUCUCUGAGAUCGCAGCGAUGUGUGUUGGACUGAUUGGGCUGAUCGGCGCCUCUGCUACAACUGGCUUGCCUAUGUGGAAGGUCACCGCUUUCAUUGGAGCAAACAUCAUUGUGAUGGAGACACGUUGGGAGGGUUUGUGGAUGAACUGCUACAGACAGGCAAACAUCAGGAUGCAGUGUAAGGUGUACGACUCCUUGUUGUAUCUGCCCCCUGACCUGCAGGCUGCCAGGGGUCUAAUGUGCUGUUCUGUAGCCUUGUCAGGGUUAGGGCUCUUGGUAGCUCUAGCAGGGAUGAAAUGCAUUUCCUGCUUUCAAGGUAGCAAAUGGGCUAAAACAAUUAUUCUAAUGGUUGCUGGAGCAAUGCAGUUCAUGGCCUGUAUUUGUGUUUUUAUACCGGUGUCUUGGACUGGUCAUGUCAUUAUAAGUGAUUUUUACAAUCCACUGCUGAUUGAUGCCGAGAGGAGAGAGCUGGGAGAAGCUCUUUAUAUCGGUUGGGUGACGGGAGCCUUAUUGUUUGCCUCAGCUUUACUGUUUAUCUGUAGACGGAUACCCUCAGAAAGAGGGUCAUUUGACGUAUAUCCCCCACUUAAACUGCUAAAUUACAGGACAGAGGCGAACAGACCUGCAAUGACAAGAUAUCACCCCAUCUCCAGCGUUCCAAGCAUCCAGUCGAAUGCACAUCAAAGUUCUCUUCAGAGCAACAGCUUGGUUGGGCAACAAAAUGUAUUUCCACCACAAAAUGUCAAUCAAGUAAUAAGCAAUGGAACCCUGAUGAACCCAACUAUUGUCUACACUCCUGGUCCUCCUGAAAAUGCAUCAAUCCUCUAUCAAAGAAGCAUGGCUCAUCAAUCUUCAGUGCGGAGCUCUCACCAUUCUGGAAGCAUAUACGCUCCAGGAAACUCUCUAUAUGUGACCCAAAAUCCCACUCUGUAUUCAACAACUUACACCGGCAAUACACCUUCAUCUUUCCAGUCAAGCUUUCAUCCUGUUGCACAAACUCCUGUUUUCAUAGCCUAUAAGGAAUCCAUGGUUCAUCCAGAGUCUCGCAGCCUCAGCCACAAUGGAGUGUACAUAUAAAGUAAAGUUUAUAUGUAAACUUAUAUGUAAAAGUAAAGCUCAUGAAAAAGACAUUUUCCUGAGCUAUGAACCACUUAAGAUCACAUAAUUCUGAUAUGGGUUUAUUUCUUGAAUGUAUCAAACUUGCUCUUGGGAACAUAGGUCUAUUGCAUUGUGUUUUGUUGUAUUUUUUUAUUGUUUUGGUUUAUUUUAUAUAGUAAAUUUGUAGUUAGAAUAAAAUUAAUCUAUAUUUAUAUUUUGCCAUAAGUUUAAGAAGACAGCCUGAUCAAUACUUAUUAUUGGAAAUUAUUUGCAAUUUUUAUGAGAUUUAGGAUCAAUGUAAAAACAAUAAUUUUGUGAUUUAAAAAAAAUAAUUUUGUACUGUUUAUUAAAAGAAUAUCCCGAUAUGUAAAUGUUUCACUUCUUUCUUACAGAUUGGCCUGAGGCCUAAAAUAUAAAUGAAAAUCUAAUGGUGACAACUAACUAUUGAAACACACAAAUAAUUAUGUAAAACAAAUUAAAAACAUACAUUUUGUUAGUAAUUUGUGUCUAACCAAUUUACAAAAUAUUGGUGGUGUCUACUGUUGUUGACUAUUACACAACCACCCAAAAAAAGUAAAAAAAAAAAAAGAUGUGAAUUUGGUACAUUGGUAUGACACAAAAAAAUCCAACAUAGAAACUGCUGGCCUUUAGCUUCAAUAGGGCAAUUGCAAGAGGUUUUAUAUCCUGCGCUGUGACUCAGAUUGGCCUUUGCUGAUUAGUUUGUUUUGAUGCAGAGUACAUUAUGAGUCAGGAACAACAAACAAGCUAAGAAACUGGUUAUUCAGAAAGAUGAUAACAUAUAUUUUGCAUUUUCAGCCUUAAAUAUGUCCAGUACACACCACCACCAUCAUGGACUUCUACAAGGUCAAUGCCACAACAGCUGGUGCUUAUACAACAACCAGGAGGUGUUACAGAACGAAUGAGCUGAAUGAAGUAUGAAUGAAGAAUUAAGCAGUUUCCCUGGCUACUUCUCAGACUGAAACAAAACUAAAAUAGAUUCACAGACAGAAAUAUUAUUCCACAAGAAAAAUCUAGGCACCUGAAGCCCAAAAGUGCAAAAAAUACAAUAAAAACAACAACAACUAAAUAAAAAAGGUACUGCACAAAAAAAAAAAAAACAUAAAAAAUUAUUGUUGCUACUACAAGAACCAGUAGCCUAGUUUAUGAGGCCAUUUUCUUUGCCAAGGUACUGUGCACCC